CGUUCUUUGGUUGUGAGCUAGGCUGAUUUAGAUCGCAAUUUGACAACUUCAAAAACUAUAAACCAUUAAACAUUUAGUUUUUCCAUAGACAUCGUUUUUUAUGGCUAUUGUAGACGGUUGUGAUAAAAUGUGUGACAUUUUAUUUAUUUAAGACUGGUAAACUGAAGGCAUUAUGAAAGCUUCUGUUGGAGUGUGUGUGGUGUUCCUUCUGGCUCUGCUGGGGUUUGGCUCUGCAAUUAAAUGUUACAAAUGUAAGGACUACUCGGGCACAUGCUCUAAAAUUCGAGACUGCUACUAUGAUGAUGCCUGCGUGACCGUCUACGAGAGAGGUGGCGAUACAUACAGGGAGUGUAUAAAGUACUCUGAUUGUGUUCAUAGCGUCAUUGCUGAGAAAUUUCCCAAAAUUUCCAGCUUCAAGUUCUCCUGCUGUACCUCUGACCUGUGUAACACAGCACCUGUGUCAGUGUCCAGCCGCUCUGUGGUGGGAAUACUGCUCUCACUGGCACUCUUCUGGUGGGGUGUUCUCUAAAACAUCACAAACACAAGUGCUUCUGCAUUGUUCCUUAUAAAGCUGGUAGUGGUAUCAUGCAGUGAGAAUGCAGAGAUCUUCUAUAUCUUGAGUUAAGUGGUCAAAGAAGCAUUCACAGCUUAAAUCUCAGCUGUAUGUUAAAACUGUGUGUGCUCAAUGCUAAAGCUUGUAAGCUAAAGCUUGUGUUUUUCUUUUUCAUUUUGCACUUAAUAGUGAAAACUGUCUUAUUAUAAUUUAUUGUGUUAAAAUAUUGCUCUCAUUGUGUAUGUGUACUCUUUCACGGCUAAUCCUUUUAUCCAGAAAAGUGGUACAGCUGAGUGGGAUGUGAGGAUUCUGAGGCUGAGUUUUUUAAAGGGUUAAUGUGUCAUAUCAAUGUCAUUUUUAUAAAUGCCCUUUAUACCUGCUUUACUUCUGCCUUCUUUAUGAAUGUCUUUUUUUAAAAGCUAAAAUCACUUGAAAAACAUUGUGUGAUAGAGACAUAGACUUGUCAGUGCAGAAGCAGUUAGCUUCUUGUUACCACUAUAGCCACCAAAACUUACUGAACCUUUUUUGCGACCAAUAAAAGGAACAUGCAUGUUUAUGCAAAUUGAGA